CUGGUUGGGAUCUAAUUGCUCUCAAGUGAGGUCAGCAGGAGGCAUUUAUCUAAGAAGAGUGCACAGCGACAGUGGAAGAUGCACAGAGGGAGCCUGCCAGAAUCAGGGAGACAUCCAUGGGAAUUGACAGAAGCUCCAAGCUUCCUAAGACUCUCUGUAUUACUGGGCUUAAGAACUGCGUUUCUUCAAACUAAAACUCAGCUGAAAAGAAAUGCACCUCUGAAAACUCCUGUCAUCACUCAGAGCACAUAGAGUCCUGCAUAACGUCCCUGAACUGGAUUACGCCUUUGUUGUCGGACUAUAAUCACAAGAGGAUGGAGCGGUCAACACAGUGAGGAUUAAGAGAGAUAUCAUCUCUCAUACUAUCACCUGUCAAUUUCCAGCCUCAGCCAACUUAAAACCAACUUCACAAAGUCUCUCCACAAGUGUCCUGCCUAAACAUCCUACUAGGAUCCCUGCUGCAGGAACAGGGAGCCGGAGGUUAAGCACAAGGGUCAGGGGUCCGGUGGGCUGAGGGACAGCACACAGAUCUCUUUUUCACAUUUCAGUAUGUUGUUCAUUGACCCCCACUGCAUUGUAUUAUAAUGCGCAAAUGGAUGCUGACAUGGAACCUUCAAAAUCUGUUCUCGGGACUGUACUUGCACGCAAUCUUCCUGUUUGGCAGUGUGUGUGUGGUCUACAGUGACUGCACUCCAGAGCAACUUGCCGCUAUUAUGAACUGCUCCAGACACGAGCGCCACACCAGGAACUAUGACUACAUGGAGGGAGGAGAUGUGCGCAUCCGACAGCUGUUCAGCCGCACGCAAUGGUUCCUAACAAUUGAUGACUUUGGCAACAUCAAUGGGACUCAAGACCCAACCAACUGUCACAGUAUCCUGGAGAUCAGGACAGUGUCUGAGGGGGGCAUCCUAGCUAUCAAAGGCGUGAAGAGUCAGUUUUAUAUCUCCAUGAACAAGGCUGGACAGCUGCAAGGCAAGAGGAUCUACAACGAAAACUGCAACUUCAAGGAGGUUUUCCUAGAAAACUACUUCAAUGCUUACUCCUCUGCAAAGUGGACUAAAAAUGGCAAAGAAAUGUUCAUAGCCCUUUCUCAGAAGGGAAGGCCAAUGCGAGGAAAGAAGACCAGAAGGGAGCAUAUAGCAUCCCACUUCAUUCCAAUGAAGUGCCGAGAAGAGGAGAGGAGGGUGGACUGAAAAAGCAGAGGACUAAUUCAAGGCAAAUUGUAAAGAUUUCACUCACAUAACUUGUAUUUUAAGGGACACAUAUAAACUCUUUACCAAUGUCAGACUCCACUCUCCUCCAGUGUGAUCUCCUGUGAUCUAUGACUUCUUUUGUCAUUUUCAUUUUCAAAGCCUGAUAUCAGAUUGGUCCAUUAAAGUAUUCCAAACAUCCUCAAAAAAGAUGUUACAACGAGAAAAUGAUGAUAUAUUUGAAAUAGCCUUCAUUGGUACACCAAAUGUUAUCCUCUAAAGCCUAUUCAAUGUUAUUGUUAUUUUGAAUAUUCUAUUCUAUUAUAUUUCCAUAUCAAAUUUUGUGUUUUCUAAUAAAACAGUAAUGUGUAAUGUAUUACGCACAGUCGGGACUGUAUCCUGUUCACAGAUUUACACCUUGCCAGAUGAGAAGACCUGUGAUGAUCAGCAGAAAGGUCCAGAGAAGAGAUUUGGCUUGACCAAGAAGCAAGCUGGACUUGUGUUUUUUUAUUCGUACAUGUGCUCCGAGCACACAAACCAAGGGCAAGGUGGAUGACAAUAGCAUGUUCAUUAAAAUGAUUUUAUAUAUAUAUAUAUAUAAGUAGGACGAUCUGUUUGUGAAUGAUCUGUGUUGAACUGUCUGUCCUUCCAGCAUUGAAAACUCUCAUCAAAUGAAUUGUAGCUGUUCACUGAUUCCCUCUUCCUUAUCGAGGUGUGAUUUUGACAUGCUAAAAUAUUCUGCUGCUGCUGAAAUGAUAUCCACAUUAAAAUGCAAAAUGAACAACA